CUUUUCGCUCUCGAAGCGCAAUGAAGACGCACAGGUACCUUUACGCGGCGCUGGCUUGUUGGGCGCUGGAGAUCUUAUGCCUGCAGGCUCAGGGGCUGCCUUACACCCCCUCCCAGGGGUCUCGGUGCCUCAACCCCAGAGAAGAAUAUUACGAAGAAAACAUCCAGAAAUGUUGCCGUUCGUGCCCUCCAGGUUUCCGUGUGCAACAGAAGUGCGACAACGGUGUCAACACGCAAUGCGUCCGGUGCGCGGAAGGCUCGUACAACACGGGCUGGAGUCGAGCUGGGAGAUGUUUUAGUUGCUCGCCACAAUGCAAAGAAGGAUUUGUGGAAGAAAAAACCUGCACCCACACCCAAAACCGGGUAUGCUGGUGUCGACCGGACCACUUCUGCAGCUUGGUGGUCUCCGACAAAUGCUACCACUGCCAGCCCUACCAGAAGUGCGCGAUGGGCUACGGAGUGCUCCGAGAAGGCACCAGAGAAACGGAUGUGGAAUGCGCCCUGUGCCAACCGGGCACCUUCUCCGAUCAUGAGUCUCACCAGAGUUUCUGCACACCUCACCGGAUAUGUCAGUCGCCGCUCGUUCUCGGAAACAGCACCCACAACACCGUUUGCGGCAACCCAGGUGGGCAGGUUGACCCCGCGACAACUUCAACGCAACUCACAACCUCUACGAAGAGGCUCAGGUGGCACGUUGGGACCGAGAGACCCACCUUCAACAAACAGGAUCCGUCAGCACAGACUGGGCGGAUUGUCGGCAUGACAGCUAUUCCGGUGGUGCUAGCGGCUCUCAUUUGCUUUGUUGUUUUUAGAAAAAGUGGUCAAAAGUGUGUCCCCUUAUGGGAGGAGCAAAAACAGCCGUUCUCGCCGGCCGAAAAGUUCCCGGGGAAGUGGCCUCAGGAGCCCACAGCCGUGGGGCAGGAGAAGGACAGUCUCUUGCGGAUGUCCCCCUCCAGUUUUUGGGACAGCCCUGAGAAAAGAAGCGAAACCAACGACGGAGACCCUCCCAAGGUGGAAACGGACGACGUGCAACAGAGAUCGUUGAACGACAGGACAUGCUACAGCGCAGAAGACUCAACAGGGAUUGUGGGAAAUGGGAAAACCCAUGUGAACGUUAGCUGUGUGGUCAGCAUCUGCAACGGAGGCCACUCUCCGGCGUUGAAGCCCCGGGGGCGGCCGAAGCCGGACACCUCGCAGACCCUCCCCUCUCACAGGAAGAAACCACCACGAGAAGAGAGCCCGGCCGGCCAAUUGCGGUGGAGGUGGAAGACAGUUUGGACUUCUUGGACCCCUGCGGGGGAAAACCCCUCCCGCUUAGCGUCCAAGACGCCGGCAUGAAGAACUCAUGAGAACGACGGAGGGUAUUCCGGGCAGGGACUUCCACCCUGCUCAAGAAACUCCAUGAAAAACUGAGGCAGGCGGGAAGUUUCUGAAGGGGGGGAAAAAAACUAUUUAGGCAGUCCUCGACUUGGGACUAUUUGUUUACCGACGGCUGACGUCGCAACAGUGCUGAAAAAGAAAAGGCGAUUUAGGACCCCGUCCUCGCACUUACGACCGUCGCAGCAUUCGUCGUUGUCGCGAGAUCAAAAUUCAGAACGCUUAGCAACUGACUCACAUUUACGCUGGUCCUGGGGGGGGCCGGUGUCACGCGAUCCCCUUUUUGCGACCUUCCCAGUCAGCGGGGACAGACGGUGGAUUUGCUUUAACGACCGCGUGACUAACCGAGCAACCCCAGCGAUUCGCUUAACGACGGCGGCAAGGAAGUUCAUCCAAGGGAGCAGGAUUCCUUGUCUUGCUUGGCAAGCAAAAAUUUUGGGCUCCUUUGGGGGGGUCGUAAGUCGAGGACAACCUGGCGUUGAAGUCAAGGAAUAAUUGUCCCGAACCCCGAGAGAUGAUUUGCAAGCUUUCUUAAAAACCAGUCUUAAAAACGCACAAUUUUUCCCCCAAAAAACAUCUCAUCAUCUCAGUUUAUGGCGGUGCCAAAAUUUCAGAUCAGCCGUAAACGUCUCUCUCUCUCUCUCUCUCUCUGCUGCCCCCUUAUGACUGUCCAGAUUUCUGCAGCCGAAAUAGUAGCCGAGUUUUAAUUUCAGGGUUUUUUUUUUUUUCAUCUUCUUGUUGUCGGUCUUUCCUAUUUUUAUACUCUUGCUGAAUAAAGUGCAAUUUUAAAUAA